UGGUAGUUGUCCUAUUCACCGAUCUCAAAUUACGAGUAUGCCAAAGUCUUUCGGUCAAAACCACGCAUCGUCAGGCAAGUGAUAUAUAUAUUAGGUACCUCUUCUCACCUACAUACUUCGUACCAACAACCAUGGGACCGAAAUCCCCCGCUAGCACGUCCCACUCCACCCCGCCGGCGGACAUCCCGCCCCAGCUCUCGGACCUGCACUGCUUCACCGAGACUGAGGGCGUCAUCACGACGACCAUGUUCGACGUGCCGGGGUACCGCGUCGUCCGCGUCCUCGGCGCCGUCUACGGGCUGACCGUGCGCUCGCGGAACUGGGCCGCGAGCAUGGGCAUGGUGAUCAAGAGCAUCGCGGGCGGCGAGCUGCGGUGGUUCACCAGCAUGCUCUACUCCGCCCGGAACGACGCCAUCAGCCGCGUCGUAGCCGAGACCAAGGCGCGCGGCGGCAACGCCAUCAUUUGCCUGCGCUUCGAGUCCGGCGACAUGACGGGCUUCGCCCAGUGCUGCGCCUACGGAACUGCUGCUAUUAUCGAGAAGAUCGAUCCCGAUACACAGGUUCCUACGCAGCUCGCCAUCUAGGUAGUUAGAGGAGGAGGUUAAGCUUCCGUGUAAGGAGGUACCUAUGGUUUCAAUUUGAGCUCGUUCAAAUGUUAUUGAUAUUUUAACAAAGAUACCAACGAAUUGAUUAUGAAAAACUGUUUUGUUCGCUUUGACAUAAUGAAAAUGAACGUCUUAUGUGUACCUAGGUACUUAACCUAAUAUACCAGAAUAUAUGCAGCCUUAACAUCGUAAAUAACAUCACCGAGCUCCCCACUCGAAACUCGACACCAGGAAGCUUCAUAUCAU